CGGCCUCCGGGCUCUUUUGAAGAAGUAACUCGGCGGAGUGUCGUUCGCGGGGCCGCUCGCGCUGCAGGACGGAAGUCGGAGCCCGCUCCGUCGCCGCCGGGUGGGCGGGUGGCUGCUCCUGCCCGGCACCUGCUCGCCUGCGGGCCCGGGAGAGCUGGAGGGGCUUGGCCGAGGCCAGGCAGGAUCGGCGCGGGUGUGGGCUCCGCGGAGCUGGCCCGCGGGCGCUCGGCGCCUCUGCCCCUCUUGUGGCCUCCUGGCUUUUCCAGAAGCGUUUAAGGAGAGGCUGGUCUGCUGGUGGGAAUGCGUGUCCCGUCCAGAAGCCCAGGGAGUCGGUACCAAAUGAGGAGGAAAGGCCGAGGUCAUCGCGCCGCAGCGAGGCCCCCUUCCUCCCCGAGCAGCACGAAGCCGUCCCCCGCGCGCGAGACCCUGACCUACGCGCAAGCGCAGAGGAUGGUGGAGAUCGAGAUGGAGGGGCGCCUGCACCGCAUCAGCAUCUUCGACCCCCUGGAGAUCGUGCUGGAGGACGACGCCACCGCCCAGGAGAUGAGUGAGUGCAACAGCAACAAGGAGAACAGCGAGCGGCCGCCCCUGGGCUCGCGGACCAAGCGCCACAAGAACAACCGCGUCAAGAAGAAAAGCGAGGCCCUGCCCAGCGCCCACGGCGCGCCCGCCUCGGCCAGCGCGCUGCCCGAGCCCAAGGUGCGCGUGGUGGAGUACAGCCCGCCGUCGGCGCCCCGGCGGCCGCCCGUGUACUACAAGUUCGUGGAGAAGUCGGCGGAGGAGCUGGACAACGAGGUGGAGUACGACAUGGACGAGGAGGACUACGCCUGGCUGGAGCUGGUCAACGAGAAGCGCAAGGCCGACUGCGUGGCGGCCGUGUCGCAGAGCGUGUUCGAGUUCCUGAUGGACCGCUUCGAGAAGGCCUCGCACUGCGAGAAGCAGAAGCAGGGGGAGCAGCAGUGCCUGAUCGACGAGGACGCCGUGUGCUGCGUGUGCAUGGACGGCGAGUGCCAGAACAGCAAUGCCAUCCUCUUCUGCGACAUGUGCAACCUGGCCGUGCACCAGGAGUGCUACGGCGUGCCCUACAUCCCCGAGGGCCGCUGGCUCUGCCGCCACUGCCUGCAGGCCCGCGCCCGGCCCGCCGACUGCGUGCUCUGCCCCAACAAGGGGGGCGCCUUCAAAAAGACGGACGAUGACCGCUGGGGCCACGUGGUGUGCGCCCUGUGGAUCCCGGAGGUCGGCUUCGCCAACACGGUCUUCAUCGAGCCCAUCGACGGCGUGCGGAACAUCCCGCCCGCCCGCUGGAAGCUGACCUGCUACCUCUGCAAGCAGAAGGGCGUGGGCGCCUGCAUCCAGUGCCACAAGGCCAACUGCUACACCGCCUUCCACGUGACCUGCGCCCAGAAGGCCGGCCUCUACAUGAAGAUGGAGCCCGUGAAGGAGCUGGCCGGCGGCGCCGCCACCUUCUCCGUCAGGAAGACCGCCUACUGUGACGUGCACACGCCCCCGGGCUGCACCCGGAGGCCUCUGAACAUUUACGGGGACCCGGAGAUGAGAAACGGCGUCUGCCGGAAGGAGGGCUCGCUCAAGACGGUCAGGGCCACGUCCAAGGUCAGGAAGAAGGCCAAAAAGGCCAAGAAGGCACCGCGGGAGCCCUGCGCCGCCCUGCCGCCCGUGUGCGCGCCCUGCAUCCCCCCGCAGAGGUUAAACAGGAUCGCGAACCAGGUGGCCAUCCAGCGGAAGAAGCAGUUCGUCGAGCGCGCGCACAGCUACUGGCUGCUGAAGCGGCUCUCCCGGAACGGCGCCCCGCUGCUGCGCAGGCUGCAGUCCAGCCUGCCGUCCCGCAGGAGCCCGCCGCAGAGAGAAAAUGACGAGGAGAUUCAAGCCGCUAAAGAGAAGCUCAAGUACUGGCAGCGGCUGCGGCACGACCUGGAGCGCGCGCGCCUGCUCAUCGAGCUCCUGCGCAAGCGCGAGAAGCUCAAGCGGGAGCAGGUGAAGGUGGAGCAGAUGGCCCUGGAGCUGCGGCUGACCCCGCUCACCGUGCUGCUGCGCUCCGUGCUGGACCAGCUGCAGGAGAAGGACCCCGCGCGGAUAUUCGCCCAGCCCGUGAGCCUGAAGGAGGUCCCGGACUACCUGGACCACAUCAAACACCCCAUGGACUUUGCCACGAUGCGGAAGCGGCUGGAGGCGCAGGGGUACCGGACGCUGCGGGAGCUGGAGGAGGACUUCGACCUCAUCGUGGACAACUGCAUGAAGUACAACGCCAAGGACACGGUCUUCUACCGCGCCGCCGUGCGCCUGCGUGACCAGGGCGGCGUGGUCCUCAGGCAGGCCAGGCGCCAGGCCGACAGCGUGGGCUUCGAGGAGGCCUCGGGGAUGCACCUGCCCGAGCGGCCGGCCGCGGCCCCCCGGCGGCCGUUCUCCUGGGAGGAUGUGGACAGGUUGCUGAACCCGGCCAACAGAGCCCACAUGGUCCUGGAGGAGCAGCUGCGGGAGCUGCUGGACAAGCUGGACCUCACGUGCUCCAUGAAGUCCAGCGGGUCGCGGAGCAAGCGGGCCAAGCUGCUCAAGAAAGAGAUCGCCCUGCUGCGCACCAAGCUGAGCCAGCAGCACAGCCCGCCCCCGCCCGCGGAGUCAGGUACUGGCGGCCUGGAAGAGGACGGUGCUCGGCCGGGGCCGCAGGCCGGCGAGGAAGGAGAUAAAUCUCCCCCUAAACUUGAACCAUCAGAUGCAUUACCUCUUCCUUCAAACUCGGAGACUAAUUCAGAACCACCAACCCUCAAACCAGUAGAACUCAACCCCGAGCAGAGUAAACUUUUCAAAAGAGUCACAUUUGAUAAUGAGUCACAUAGCGCUUGCCCUCAGAGCGUGCUGGUAAUCGGACACCCUCCAGAGCCCACCCUCGCCAGUAGCGGCCAUGCGCCCGCAGCAGCGGCCUCCGCGGUGGCGGAGCCAUCAAGCGAUGUAAACAGACGCACCUCUGCCCUCUUCUGCAAACCGCAAAGUUCCUUCCGAGGUUGGAGACGCUCCUGCAGCCAAGAAAAAGGUCGCGAAGCGCCUGCGGCGACUCCGAGGUGGAGGAGGGGUCCCCGGGAAAGCGCCUGGACACAGGUUCUCAUUUUAACUACUAACAUGCGGGGUAGCCCCUCUUUGGAUCCUAAUUAUUUUCUCUUGCUCAACUUGGACUGGAGCUCCGCUGAGCGGUCGCUGUGGAGCGCAGAGGUCCCUGCAUCCUUGCAUCUCCCGUGGUUCUUGUGGAUGACGUUGGCAGCUUCAGCUCAGCCACCUCCCAACACACACACACCAGCACUCGGAGGAGACGCCCCCACCCCACCCGCCCCUCUGUAAGUCAGCCAGACGCCCGCGGGCCCCCGCCGAGCGGCCUGGCGAUGCAGAGGGAAGCCUGGGGCCCCGGUGCCCGGAGAGCCUGCUGCAUCACAGUGACUUCCGUGGACACAGAGCCUGGCCCGCCCUUGGCCGGCACAGAACCAGGUCCGAGGUGACCGGGCUUCUGGUUUGGCCCCCCCGGGCCCGGGAAGGACUUGCAGGCUGCGCUCGGCGCUCUGGACCACGUGGCGUUGGCACCGCCUCGCCCUCGCAGUUGGCUGCUCGCGCCUUCGCCUCCAGUUUCUGUUCCCCGCCCCCUCCCCCGCUCCUCUCUCCUCAUCCUGGUGCCCCGGGUCCCCGAGCGGCCCGGCUCUGUCUCUGGCCAGCCCGUGACACCUGCUGCCGCAGGGCGAGCCUUCCCCCUGCUGCGUCUUCUCGGAGCCGGCCCAGGCGAGAGUCUGCUCGGGAUCUUGUUUGCCGGGUUUCUGUCUUUAUCGAAAGGUGGAAAAACGCACAAAGAGUGCAGUUCUCUUGCCAGUAGAAAAAAUAAAAACUUGCCCACAAAAUCAAGGCCCGCCCUGCUCCGCGAGGCUGCCCGCGGCCCCCGGUGCCCGCCGGCCCCCGAGGCCCUCGUGUGGGGAGCCCUGGGGUCCACGCCUUGGGGCCGCGGGGGGCGCAGCUGCUCUGCCCGCUUCGUCUCUGGCUGGGCCCGCCGUCCAGGCCUCCAAGGCCCAAUGAGCUCGUAGCCUGGGGAGCUGGGCCCACCAGUCCCGUGGGCGCACAUGGGGCUUCUCGCUGCUGCCCCUGCCGCCCUGGGCCUAUCUGCCCCUGGGGCAGAGGUGGGCCAGAGACCCUGUGGUGACCCCUCUGUCCUGGCAGAGGGAGGGCCUUGGUGACCCUGCGGGCGCUUCUCACUGGACACCGACCUGGCUCCCGGCGUUUACAACUGAGCCCUGCAAGCUCGCCGGCCGAGGUGGCCCCAGCAGGCCGGCCCCCGGGGCCUGUGCGUAUGCGGCCCUGCUCUGGCCAUGGUGGCUGUGUGUCCUUGGGCUCGUCUGCUGCUCAGUGACGUUUCUCCGGUGACACGUGGGAAACCGCAUGUCCGACUUGUCCCUGGGGAGCAGUGUCUCCCGCGCACUUCGGGGACGCGUGUGGCCGCCGGUCCCUGUUGGGCGUCCUUCCUUCUCCGUGUCCCUCGGGGCCUGGCUUCCGGUGGUGGCUGUCACCGCACGUGCUGUGUGGGGCACGACUGCCCUCGUCCUCGCUCUGUGUCCCGGAGCUGGGCCGUCUCCUUUCUCCUUUCUCUGUGCCCGAGAGGCUCCUCUUCCCCUCGCCCUGUCUGGCCACCGCCCGCUGCAGGGCGAGGGUGAGGGUGCGCGGACGGCGGGCGCCAUUCGUCUCCCCCAUCGCCUUCGAGGACCUGCCUGCUCUGCCCGGAGGGUCUGUGAUCCGCUCGCUCCGCUGGCAGGAGCCGCACGUGGCCAGGGGCUUGGUCGCAGGGGCGGCUCUCACCACAGGGAGUGUGCACCUGGCCUGGCGUUGGGUGCUUUCCCGUGGGUCUCGCGGCCUUGCUGGUGCGGCCCCGGGCCCUCCUUGCAGACCUGGGUCUGGCUGGGGGCCGGUUCUCUGCCCUCGGGUCCCAGCACGCCUCCCAGGGAGCCGGGGCCCAGGCUCCGGGGUUGGGAGCGGGCCUGCCCCUGGGCUCCUGCUUCCCCGCACCUGCCAGACGGUGACGUUUCAGGACGCAAGGCUCUGCGGCUCCGUUUCGGGGGCUUCGUUUUCAAGGGAGUUUGGUCUAGAUUCCAGAAGUGAGCAUGAGGUUGGCUGCAGUUACUCCUUAGAAGUAUAAGUUCGGUUUAAAAUCAGAAACGCUAAGCUCUUCUUAAAGCCGGUGGCGCUAAGUGGGCCCGAAUCGGAGCAGGACGUCUGACCGGCUCAUUCGGGAGCCGGGGGUCCUUGGUGCCCGCGCUGCGCCUCCUCCGCGGCUCACUGGGCUCCUCACCCCCUCACAGAGACGUGGACCCGUAAAGCAAAUGAAACCCCGGUCAUUUGGCCACGACGACGUCAGGAUUGUUUUGAAAGAAAUAGAUUUUAGGAUGUUUGAAGCCUGAGGAAUAGGAUUCUUUCCUGGAAGAAACGCGCGCCCGCCCUGCACCCGUGGCCCGCCCUGGGGGCCGGGCAGGUCGUGACCCCGGAGGGAGGGGACGCGGGUGUGUCCUGGCAGCGCCGGGCUGGGGACGCGCCUGACUGACACGCUCCUCAGAUGCUCAGGUGACGUCGCUGCUUGGCCGCUUCCCGGUGGCGCGUCCUCGCCGCGCGCUGUGCUGCUGACAGCCUCGGGGCCUCUGGCCACGGGCGCCCGUGUGCGCAGGUCGGGCGUCUCCUGUCCGGGCCUCACGGUGCACUGAGGCCCGCAGAGGCUCAGCUCUGGCCACACUGCUGUCCCGGGAGCCCCGGGCCCGCCGGCUGCCCUGCCCUGCCUGGCCUCGGGGCCGGGGGCCGGGGGCCAGGUGCCGCCCUCCUCUGGGGAGCCUGUGGCGUCGCCCGGUGUGCCCGACGUGCUGCCAAGGGCGCUGUGGCACGUCCGUCCAUCCGUCCGUGGGUCCGUCCGUCCGUCCAUCCGUGGGGAGCGUGCCGGGGUCGCGGGUGCGGGCGCGUCGGCUGGUUAGAGAGGACGCGUGCGCGGAGCUGCCCGCCGCGGAGCUGAGCGCAGGGCCCCGUGCCUCUG